GCGCCGCCGCCGCCGGGUGCCUGAGGCGCUCCCGCCGCCUGCCCCAGGCGUCCCCGCCGCCUCCCGAGCCGCCCCCGCGCCCGCCGCCAUGACCGAGGAGCCGUACGAGAAGUUCCUGGCCCCCGAGGAGCCGUGCCCGCUGCUCUCGCACCAGCACCCGCCGCGCGGCGGCAGCUUGAGCCUGAGCGAGGAGGGCUGCCUGGACGUCAGCGAUUUCGGCUGCCAGCUCUCGUCCUGCCACCGCACCGACCCGCUGCACCGCUUCCACUCCAACAGGUGGAACUUGACAUCCUGUGGAACCAGCGUCGCCAGCUCAGAGUGCAGUGAGGAGCUGUUCUCAUCGGUUUCUGUUGGUGAUCAGGAUGACUGUUACUCUCUGUUGGAUGACCAGGAGUUCACCUCUUUUGAUUUGUUCCCCGAGGGCAGUGUCUGCAGUGAUGUCUCUUCUUCUAUCAGCACAUACUGGGAUUGGUCAGACAGUGAGUUUGAAUGGCAGUUGCCUGGCAGCGACAUUACUAGUGGGAGUGAUGUGCUUUCUGAUGUUAUACCUAGUAUUCCGAGCUCUCCCUGUCUGCUUCCGAAAAAGAAAAACAAGCAUAGGAAUCUUGAUGAACUUCCAUGGAGCGCAAUGACAAAUGAUGAACAGGUUGAAUAUAUUGAAUAUUUGAGUCGCAAAGUCAGUACAGAAAUGGGCCUUCGAGAGCAACUUGAUAUUAUUAAAAUUAUUGAUCCUACUGCUCAGAUCUCACCUACAGAUAGUGAAUUCAUUAUUGAAUUGAACUGUCUCACAGAUGAAAAACUGAAACAGGUGAGGAACUACAUCAAGGAACACGGGCCUCGUCAGCGGUCAGCAAGGGAGAGCUGGAAGAGGAGCAGCCACAGCUGUGCAAGUACCAGUGGUGUGAGCGGUGCCAGUGCCAGCAGCAGCAGUGCCAGCAUGGUCAGCUCAGCCAGCAGCAGCGGCUCCAGCGUCGCCAACUCCGCCUCAAACUCGAGUGCCAACAUGAGUCGAGCGCACAGCGAUAGUAACCUGUCCUCAAGUGCUGCAGAGAGAAUCCGGGAUUCAAAAAAACGUUCCAAGCAACGGAAACUACAGCAAAAGGCCUUACGGAAGAGACAGCUGAAAGAGCAGAGACAAGCUCGUAAAGAAAGACUGAGUGGAUUAUUUCUUAAUGAAGAAGUGCUCUCUUUAAAAGUGACUGAGGAGGACCAUGAAGGAGAUGUGGAUGUUUUAAUGUGACAGGGGUGAAUUUAUCAGUGUUCUUUCUAAGCCUUAAAUGUAUUAUCCUUAUUGUUUACAUAUAUUUCCUGACCAAAUUUUGAUUAGUGUUAACAAUAUAAACCAGAUCUUUUCUCAAGUGUAAUUUUGCUAAGAAGGUCUAAGUAUUGAGUAACUUCAGCUUUUUGAGAGUAAUUUUGCAACAAAGAAUUCAGAAACUUAACUGUCUUCUGAAAAGCUGCUCAGUAAAUACAAUUUUAAGGAAACUGAACUUGUCUAAUAUGCUAACUUAACUUACAAGAUUUAAGUCUAGGGGUGCUCUUGGAUGACACAAAGCAUGCAUUACUAUGCUUCAGCUUCUUUGUUUUUUUACAACUUAGAGUUAGUGUCCCACUUGACUUGUUCUGUCUUCCUUUCCCAUUAUUAGCAUGAGGAAAAAUCUUUCUAUUCUGUGGGGCUUUCUUCAGUCUUGCUCUUGAAUUGUACGAAAUCAAAGUGCUGUCAUAAAUUCUUUUCUAAAAGUUGUGAUUUAACUCAAACUACACAGAAAACAAGAAGCAGGACUUCUAAUGCAGGGAAUCUGUAACAAAUACUGCCUAAUAAUGUAGUUCCUAGGAAGCAACUAGAAUUAAAAAAAAAAAACAAGAAGUACAGGCUUAGUCUUCAGAAGCUGCUCAAUAUCUUAGGAUGAUCACUAAUGGUUGACCAGUACAUCCCUUCUAUUUCUAUGAAAAGAUUACAAUAAAAAUGUCUUUAUGCAUUGAAAGUA